AUGAGCGCGAACCUGACGGAAGCCGACCAGAAAGAGAUGAACGCGUUCCUGGACGCCGAGCAGUCCAAGGCUCGUGUGCAGUCCACCGUGCACGCGUUCACCGAGCGCUGCUGGGACCAGUGCGUGACCUCGUCGAUCGGCACGCGCUUUGGUCGUGGUGAGGAGGCGUGCCUGAGCAACUGCGUGGAGCGUUUCCUGGACACGUCGCUGUUUAUCGUCAAAAAGCUCGAGAGCCAGCGUGACCUCGCCGCGUAA